ACCACGCCGGCCGGGAGGGGGAGUCGACGGCAGCGAGGGUUUAGGGCGGAGCGGGCGCGCCUCCGAGAGACGCGCCUCCCAGCUUAGGUGCAGGCCCCGCGCGCGGCACAGCGGGGAGGCGAUCCCGGCGGCGGCCGUGUGGUGGCAGGAGUCUUGAAAUUGCUCUGAAGGUGAGGACAUCCCCUCCCCCACCAUCAGCCACCACCGCCAGCCACCCACGUUGUCCUCAUCAGCCCCUCCCCAUCAGCACCACUUGCAUCGCCUGGCCCGCCUGGCCCGAGUCAACCUCCUGCAUCACUUGGUGUAAAUGGCUGAUAAGCAGAUCAGCCUGCCGGCCAAGCUCAUCAAUGGUGGCAUCGCUGGGCUAAUCGGGGUCACCUGUGUGUUCCCCAUCGACCUGGCUAAGACACGGCUGCAGAACCAGCAGAAUGGCCAGCGCAUGUAUGCCAGCAUGUCUGACUGCCUCAUCAAGACCAUCCGCUCUGAGGGCUACUUCGGCAUGUACAGAGGAGCAGCAGUAAACCUGACCCUUGUCACCCCCGAGAAGGCUAUCAAGCUGGCAGCUAAUGACUUCUUCAGACAUCAGCUCUCUAAGGAUGGACAGAAGCUGACCCUGCCCAAGGAGAUGUUGGCAGGCUGCGGGGCUGGCACCUGCCAGGUGAUUGUGACCACCCCCAUGGAGAUGCUGAAGAUCCAGUUGCAAGAUGCAGGCCGAAUCGCUGCUCAGAGGAAGAUUCUAGCUGCCCAGGCCCAGCUCUCGGCCCAGGGAGGUACCCAGCCCUCAGUAGAGGCUCCAGCUGCUCCUCGGCCCACAGCCACCCAGCUGACCCGUGACCUGCUGCGGAACCAUGGCAUUGCUGGCCUCUACAAGGGACUGGGGGCCACGCUACUCAGGGAUGUCCCCUUCUCCAUUGUCUACUUCCCCUUGUUUGCCAACCUGAACCAGCUGGGCCGCCCACCUUCUGAGGAGAAGUCACCUUUCUAUGUGUCCUUCCUGGCAGGCUGUGUGGCUGGGAGUGCAGCCGCUGUGGCUGUCAACCCCUGUGAUGUGGUGAAGACUCGGCUUCAGUCCCUUGAGCGAGGCGUCAAUGAGGACACUUACUCAGGGUUCCUGGACUGUGCCAGGAAGAUCUGGAGACAUGAGGGCCCCUCGGCCUUCCUGAAAGGCGCGUACUGCCGUGCACUGGUCAUCGCCCCGCUGUUCGGCAUCGCUCAGGUGGUCUACUUCCUGGGCAUCGCUGAGUCCCUGCUGGGGCUGCUGCAGGAACCCCAGGCCUAAGCCCGUGCUGCUUCUCCCCAGCCUAUGGGCUGAGGCCAGAACAGGGUGACCAGCACAAGCCUGAGAAGGACUGGUCUCUCCCCAGUCCUCCCCAUCAAACAGGAAGGCAGGGGGAGGGUGCAGGGUCCACAUGGGUGGUACACACAUAGGCCCCCAUGGGGUCCUGAGGGACAAAAAAUUGGGAUCAAGGUCUUAUUUAUGUAGAAAAUGCAGAAUUCUGUACAUUCCUCAAGCCAGUCCUGUUGAGCCAGUCCUGUCCCAUCCCUGUACCCAACCCAGUCUCACCUGGCCUGAACACCCCCUGAGACAGAGCUGGUCUCUGGGCUGGGGCUCCCAGGCCUGGUUUGGGCAGGCAGACCCUACCCUGUAGUUCACUGGCUCCGGUCUCUGAGGCUCUCCUGGUCUACAAAGGGGACCCAUCUACACAUACAAAAUUAUUUAUUGAAUUUGCUGUGCCCACGUGGCUCUGCCUGUCUCCGUCCAUCGGUCUGUUUGCCCCUGCUGCUCUUUCUGCCUCAACCAGAAUCCCACUCUGCCUCCCCAGUCAGCCUUACAGGAGGACUGGAGUGCUCUACCCUCAUGUUAAGCUAGGAUUCCUAGGCUGGGUGUGUGGCCACAUCCAUGCGGAUCCCAGGCAUCCCGCACAUACUCUUCCUGGUGAGCCUUUGGGCUCCCACCCUGUGUGGGACCCAGAAUGCUUGAGGUCUUUGUGUGCCUGUGAUGGGGCAGGUUGCUCUGCUCUGCCCCCAGCAGCCGGCUGACCAGGCUGCAUGGGGAUAGGCCCUUAAGGGCCCAGUUGCCUUUCCCUGUGGGGUCAGGCAUCCCGUGCUUGAGUGCUGUGUCUCAGGUCUUCUGCUGACCCCGUCCAAUAAUUGACUUCUCCAGCCUGGUGGCUCUUCUGAUAGAGCCCUACUCCUGGACAGAGAUUGCUUGUGGGGAAAGGGUAGACAUGAAGGCCAGUAUGGAGCCCGGGCCACCUAGCUUUCUGGGCCUCUGUCCAUAUUUGGGAAGCCCCCGGCCCCCCCCACGCCCUGGAUCCUCUGUUCUGAAUCAAAUCAGUCCUCCUCCCCUGCCCUGGCCAUGUGAUUGUGUUUGGUGAUUGACUGAAGUGCUGGUGCUGUGUCCCUCAAGCCCGACCCCCUCCGUGGAGGCCCCUUCCCAGUGACACUACCUGGGGCUCAAGCCUGGGCCUCCUACUUCACGGUUGCUCCUGGGAGCCUCCCCUCCUAUCAUGUCUGUACCUUGGAAGUUGCUGCUCCUGCUUAAAGAAUUAUAUUUUUUUCUUUUGAAGAGUUUAAGAAGUUGUAACUUUUUGUGUCUUGUCAUGUAAAAGAUAAAUAAAAUAUUCUAAAUAGA